UUCGCCGGAAAAUCACUACCUCUCAAUUAGGGUUUAAGGAUUUCGCUGCUCCGACAGCAAUGGCAAUGGCGAUUUCUGCCUCCAGAUCACGCAAUUGUUCCCAUUUUAUUGGCAGAAGCUACGAAAUUGCUCUGAAGAAAUCGAUUGAUGAUGUUUUAACGUCUCUUAGGUGUUCUGGUUCCUCCAAUUUGGGAGAUUUUGGUCCUGAGUUUGGAGAAUAUGUUCAAUCGAAAGCUGAUCCUCCUAUGGAAAGCAUAUGGAUUUAUGCGGCUUUAUCGGCUGCUUCCUGCCGUGCUCCUGAAACCAACUCGUUCGGCCGAAUUUCAGCCGUUAAGGGCUUGUUCCAACUCAUAGUUUCGUGCUCGGCCUCUUGCAAUUCGAUGAAAAGCAUAGCUCUAGCUGCACCUGUAGUGUUCUACUUGCAUGGUUUGAUGCUUGAUUUAAAGGGCUUCGAAUUGAGUUCAAAGAGAGAGGAAGCAAGAAGAGAGAUAAAAGCUCUCAUCGAUUCUGCACUUAGCUAUGUAAGUAUUUGCUGUAAUGGAUUUGAUGGAAAUUACGAUAAUUUAGAGAAUUUGCUACUGCCAUUGGAAGAUUUGGCUAAGUUUUGGGUGUCGGAUAAUGGAGCCAUAACUGUAGAAUCAAUGAGUGCUUUUUUCCCACUCUUGAGUGAGAACAUUGUUGAGAGGAGUGUUGAAGAAUGUAACAUGAUUGACCUUGCCGGUUUUGUGAUUGCGGAGGCUUUUUUGUUGAAGUUGUGCUGGAAAAUUCAGGAGGAAGGUUUUGGAAAAAGCAUUAUGACUGAGCUUAGAGAUUGGGCAGUUGGUUCCAUCACUGGACUUCGAAGCCCCUGUUUUUUUGCGGCGCUUGUUAGUUUGCUCUUGGAACCGACUUUGCCUACAACCUCCCUCUUGAACCCUGAACGUGAAAGUGGUUUGAGGAAAAUUCUUUUUGAUGCCGUGAUAUUGGUGGAAUAUUCCUUCCUUAGCUCCGAAAGCAUGAGUCAACUUCCGAAGAAACUUGCCAAAAAGGUCAUAUUUACCAAACUAAUGGCAACUCAUAAAGCUAUUGAGUUGUUUAGGGAACACGAUGACCAUGCAAAAGCUGUUUUGUAUUCAAAUGCCUUUGCAAGUUCUACUCUGCCAAGGUUAUUGAUCAAAUAUGUUAAAAGUGAAACUGGGACUGAAUUAAGUACCAAUGAACCGGCAGGAUCAUCGCCAAGAGCAUUUAUAAGAUGGAUGCUGAACAUAGAAAACAAAGGGAUCAGAAUAUUUGAUGAUGACAUGGCCAGGUUAAAAGCUACCUUUAAUUCGAUGGAAGAAAUAGAACGGAUUGUUGGAGGGGAAGCAAUGCUCGGACAAGAUUCUGAAACCCUUUUCUUCAUUGAUAACAAAGGUCAAGAAGAAUAUAUAACCGAUGAUGAUGAUGAUGAAAAGACGAAUUCAGGCAUGAGUGCAGCAUUUAUAAGCGCUUCGCGCUCACUGCAGCCAUCGGAACAAAAAGGGAAAAAACGAAAGACUAAGGAUGGUAAAGAAACCAAGCGGCUAAAAUUCAUAAAGUACAAAGCUUCCGAUCUUUCUUCACUACCAAGAGAAAAAUCCAUGGAGCCGAGGAGCGAAAACUCAGAUAGUGGGAGUGAUCUCGAAACUCCAUCCUCAGAUAAAGUGUAGAGAUCGAAGAUCAUAUUCAUAUCUGCUAUGUUGUGGUGAUAUCGGGUAAAUAUUUCUUUCGAUAAAAUCCAAAAUCUUGACACAUGAAAGCCAAUUUCUAGCCAGAAUGCCCUUUAUGUGUGUAGCUUUGCUGUUAUGUCUGAUCUUGAGGGCUAUAUGCAUUUAUUUGCUGUGAUUCUAGUUCUUGGUUUAAUUUUUUGAUUUUUUGUUGUCAUAUUUAGGCAGCUUAUUGGUGACUGGGGGCAUUGAUUUAUACAUUAAUUCUAAUUUGUAUCUUUUUAUGGUCUGGUCUAUUCGAUCCAUUUCAUUUUUAA